AUGAUGGAGCUUCUCAGCAACAGCCUCAAGGAGAAGGCAGAAGAUUUUCAGCGCCAGGCAGCUAUUAGUGUUGCGGGAGAGCAGCUGAGGUUGCGCCUGCAUAAUGCCAAGCUGAUUAAAGACCGCUGUCAUCACAUGCUUACAUACCCAAACUGUUUUGUGGCUAAAGAGCUUGUUGAUUGGCUUAUUGAUCAUAAAGAAGCUCCAGACCGAGGGACUGCCAUUAGCAUCAUGCAAACAUUUAUGGACAACAACGUUAUCCAUCAUGUCUGUGACGAGUAUGCAGUAUUUAAAGAUGCCAAACUGCUGUAUCGAUUUCGAAAUGAUGAUGGCACCCUGUCUCCAAGCAAAAAUGUAAAGAUUUUCGUUAGAGGCCAGAAGCUGUAUGAUAUCAUGGCAAAUGAGGAGGAUUCUAUACUUAAAGUUCGGGAACAAGGUUCAGAAAAAUAUCGGCGGACCUUCUUGGGCCAAGAGAUGUUAGACUGGUUGGUCAAACAUGGGGAAGUGUCCAAACGGACUGAUGGGGAGGAGCUGUGCCGGGCAAUGCUGGAGUUUGGAAUUAUUCAGCAUGUGUCAGGCCACCAACAUUUCUCUGACUCAGAUGCGCUAUUCCAGUUCUGCAUUAAUUUCCGCCGGAGGAGGAAAUUGAUCGAGGUUCUGAACGACCUACAGUCCUGUGCAGAACCCAGGCCAGACUCUCCAGACAGCCCCUUCUGUUUGCGCAAACUCAGCUCUGAUCUUCCUCAUACCAGCUUUGUUUGUGUAGAGACUUAUGAUGAAAAGGCUCAGCCUACUGUGAGGAGAAGUAGCUACUCCAAUCCUACAUCUAGUGGUGGCUACCAUUAUUCACAGCCUUCCAUGCCUCUGAUGACCCCUCCAUCAGUGUUAAAAAGGCCGGUUUCUAUUGAGGAGCUGUUGGCACCAGGAGCCCCCUUCAUCAGGAAAACCUUAAAUAUCAUAGGAGAUGAUGUGGGUUGGGGCUUUGUAAUACGCGGGGCAAGUCCAUGUCAUAUUCAGGCUGUUGAUCCUGGUGGACCAGCUGCUGCUGCUGGCAUGAAGUUCAUUUCAAACAGUGCUGUGCUUCUGGCUGCACUGUGUAACUUUCUUUCCUACGAAAUGGUCUCUGAGGAGCAUGUGUCCUCUCAUACUGUGUAA